CUCACAUCAACGCUCUUGCCUCCAACAACCCUUUUGCGCCAUGGCUCCCGCGCCGCCGCAUCGUAUACUACAGUCUCCCAACCCGCCGGGCGCGGAGCCGGGCGCCGUCCUCUUCGAGACGGAGCGGCUCAUCGUGCGCCGCUACCUCGCCAGCGACGCGCCCGCCCUCGCCGCGGCGGCCAACCACGUCGAGGUGUCCGACUUCAUGAGCGACCGCUUCCCGUCUCCGUACACGGCGGACGCGGCGCUCGCCUUCUUCGCGCGGCACGACGAGGCGCAGGAUCUCACGCACCCGACCCACGCCGCCGUCCUCGUCAAGCCCAACACGGCGGACAACCCGUCGUCGGAGCCGCGCCUGAUCGGCGGGCUCGGCGCCGACGUCUUGGACGACAUCCUCUACCGCACGUGGAGCCUGGGCUACUUCCUCGCGCCGUCGGCCUGGGGCAGGGGGUACGCGACCGAGGCCGUGGCCGCCUUCACGCGCUGGCUCUUCGCGACCUGGCCGCGGCUCAACAGGAUAGAGGGCGAGGCGUACGCCCACAACGUCGCCAGCCAGCGCGUGCUGGAGAAGAGCGGUCUCCGGAGGGAGGGCGUCAGGCGCGGCGCGGCCGAGAAGCAGGGCGUGCUGGUGGACUUGGUCAUGUUUGGCAUCGUGCGAGGAGAUCUUGUUGAAACACCACCACCAGCAGGAUAGUAAGUAACGUAGUACGUUAGUAGAUGAGUUGACUGGGGUUGACGAUGAGCACCACCAACUUCACAGAGCCGCCCCGUAAACAUCAUGUUCCCAUCCCAAUCCUCUCUUCUUCUUCUUAGUCGGUAAAGUCGUACGGCGGAG